AUGUCUGAGUCCCUGUGGACAGCACUCUCCAAUUUCUCUAUGCCUGAUUUCCUUGACAGCAGCAUGUUUCGCCGCACCAAAAGCUGCCGUACCAGUAACAGGAAGAGCCUGAUCCUGACCAGUACAUCACCAACGCUGCCACGGCCUCACUCGCCACUCCCAGGUCAUAUUGGUAGCAGCCCUCUUGACAGCCCUCGGAAUUUCUCCCCAAACACACCAGCCCAUUUUUCCUUCGCUUCUUCCCGCAGGGCAGAUGGCCGGCGUUGGUCUUUGGCUUCCCUGCCAUCGUCUGGAUAUGGAACAAACACUCCCAGCUCAACUGUAUCGUCCUCUUGCUCCUCCCAAGAGCGCCUUCACCAGCUGCCUUACCAGCCCACCAUGGAUGAGUUGCACUUCCUUUCCAAACAUUUUGGCAGUACAGAGAGCAUCACCGAUGAUGAUGGCGGUCGGCGGUCUCCUGCUGUGCGACCCCGGUCCCGGAGCCUCAGUCCGGGCCGGUCUCCUUCCUCCUAUGACAAUGAGAUAGUCAUGAUGAAUCAUGUUUAUAAGGAGCGAUUCCCCAAGGCCACGGCUCAAAUGGAAGAGAAGCUGAAAGAUUUCACCAAGACCUACGAACCAGACAGUGUGAUGCCUUUGGCUGAUGGGGCGCUGAGUUUCAUACACCACCAGGUCAUUGAGCUGGCCCGAGACUGUUUAGCGAAGUCCCAGGAAGGCCUCAUCACCACCGUCUAUUUCUAUGAGCUGCAGGAGAACAUGGAGAAGUUGCUGAAAGAUGCCUACGAGCGCUCUGAGAGUGAGGAGGUGACCUUUGUCACUCAACUGGUGAAGAAACUGCUGAUUAUCAUCUCCCGUCCAGCCCGGCUGCUCGAGUGCCUGGAGUUUAAUCCCGAGGAGUUUUACCAUUUGCUGGAAGCUGCAGAGGAUCAUGCGAAAGAGGGUCACCUGGUGAAGACAGACAUUCCUCGCUACAUCAUCAGCCAGUUGGGGCUCACCCGAGACCCCUUCCCAGAUGUGCUGUAUGUGGAAGAGCACGAUAGCGGAGGAUCCAACACACCAGAGACAGAGGAGUUCACAGAGAGUCGUGGGAUGACUCCAAAGCCAAAGAAGCCACCAGGAGAAGGGGACUUUGAAACGAUUAAACUAAUCAGCAACGGGGCCUAUGGCGCUGUCUACCUGGUGCGGCACAAAGAGACUCGCCAGCGCUUUGCUAUGAAGAAGAUCAACAAGCAGAACCUCAUCCUGCGCAAUCAGAUCCAGCAGGCCUUUGUGGAGCGCGACAUCCUGACGUUUGCAGAGAACCCUUUCGUGGUCAGCAUGUUCUGCUCUUUCGAGACCAAGCGCUACCUCUGCAUGGUCAUGGAGUACGUCGAAGGUGGGGACUGUGCCACACUGCUGAAGAAUAUCGGGGCACUGCCUGUGGAGAUGGCCCGCAUGUACUUUGCAGAGACGGUUCUCGCCCUGGAGUACCUACACAACUACGGCAUCGUCCAUCGGGACCUGAAGCCAGACAACCUCCUCAUAACUUCCAUGGGACACAUCAAGCUGACAGACUUUGGUCUCUCCAAGAUGGGGCUAAUGAGUCUCACCACCAACCUCUAUGAAGGCCACAUCGAGAAGGAUGCACGGGAAUUCCUUGAUAAACAGGUGUGUGGCACUCCCGAGUACAUUGCUCCUGAAGUGAUCCUUCGCCAAGGCUACGGGAAGCCAGUAGAUUGGUGGGCUAUGGGCAUCAUCUUGUAUGAGUUCCUCGUGGGCUGUGUGCCCUUCUUCGGAGACACACCUGAGGAGUUGUUUGGCCAAGUUAUCACCGAUGACAUCUUAUGGCCGGAAGGGGAAGAAGCGCUUCCCGCGGAUGCCCAGCACCUCAUCUCCUGCCUUCUGCAAACGAGCCCCCUUCUCCGUCUGGGUGCAGGUGGCGCUUACGAGGUGAAGCAGCACUCCUUCUUCAAGGACCUGGACUGGAACGGUCUGCUGAGGCAGAAAGCCGAGUUCAUCCCCCACCUGGAGUCGGAGGAAGACACCAGCUAUUUUGACACCCGCUCUGACCGCUACCACCAUAUCAACUCCUACGAUGAGGAUGACACGACCGAAGACGAGCCAGUGGAGAUCCGGCAGUUUUCAUCCUGCUCCCCUCGAUUCAGCAAGGUGUACAGCAGCAUGGAGCACCUGUCCCAGCAUGAGCCGAAGCCCCCUGGAGUCACAAAGCGAGACCAGAGCAACAAACACAAAGAUGAGAAAGUGAGCAAGCGGGAGAGCUUGGGCAGCUUCACCCUUCGUGACAAGAGCUGGCGCACUAACUCUCCAGAGAUGAAGCGCCUCUCCGCCUCAGAGUCGUCCUACACAGAGAGUGAUUCCAGCCCCCCCUUGGGCGCACGCCGGCGCUUUUCAGCCCUGAUGGACACCAACCGUUUUGCCGUGCCGUUGGAGACUGACAGUGAAACGCUGGCCAAAGGGCCUGUGAAGGCUGCCACAGAAAAUGGGACCGCAGGGGCCACCCUGGAGGCUGAAAGCAAGCCAAGCGGCGAGGGAGCGACUGCCGAUGUGGGGCAAUGUCCUGCUGUUGGGGAGGCUGAGGCAGGCGAUAAAUCAAAAGCGGGGGAGCUGCAGCCCCCAAAGGAGCUGGACCCAUCAGCCCCCAAAGCUACCAAUGACUUGGUGCUGCGUCGGGCCCGGCACCAGCAGCUCUCAGGGGACUCCACGGCUGAGAAGCGCAGCUCCCGCACAGGGGGCAAGGUCAUCAAAUCUGCCUCCGCUACUGCGCUGUCCGUCAUUAUCCCCACAGUGGAACAGCACAGCGGCUCCCCCUUGGCCAGCCCAAUGUCUCCCCGGUCGCUCUCCUCUAACCCGUCAUCCCGAGAUUCCUCGCCAUCACGGGACUAUUCACCAGCCGUCACCAGCCUGCGGUCGCCCAUUACCAUCCAGCGUUCUGGGAAGAAGUAUGGUUUCACACUGCGUGCCAUCCGGGUGUACAUGGGGGACAGUGACGUGUACAGCGUGCAUCACAUUGUCUGGCAUGUGGAGGAAGGUGGUCCAGCUCACGAGGCAGGCCUGUGCGCAGGAGACCUCAUCACCCAUGUCAAUGGCGAACCAGUACAUGGACUGGUGCACACUGAAGUGGUGGAGCUCAUCUUGAAGAGCGGGAAUAAGGUGAUGGUGACCACUACCCCUUUUGAAAACACCUCCAUCCGGAUCGGGCCAGCCCGCAAGAGCAGCUACAAGUCCAAGAUGGCCAGGCGGAACAAGAGGAGUGCCAGCAAAGAAGGCCAGGAGAGCAAGAAACGCAGCUCCCUGUUCCGUAAGAUCACCAAGCAGUCGAACCUGCUGCACACCAGCCGCAGCCUAUCAUCGCUGAACCGUUCACUGUCCUCCAGCGACAGCCUGCCCGGCUCGCCCACCCAUGGCUUGGGUGCCCGUUCUCCCACCCAGAGCCUGCGCUCCACCCCUGAUUCAGCAUACCUAGGUAGGCAUCCUGGGGGUGCUUCUUCGCAGAGCAGCUCCCCCGCCUCCAGCACCCCCAACUCGCCAGCCACCUCAUCCCACCACAUGCGCCCCAGCACACUGCAUGGCCUGUCUCCGAAGCUGCACCGGCAGUAUCGCUCCGCCCGCUGCAAGUCAGCAGGGAACAUUCCUCUCUCCCCUCUGGCACACACUCCCUCCCCCACACAGUCCUCGCCGCCACCCCUACCUGGCCACAUUGUGGGCAGCUCCAACACCACCCAGAGCUUCCCAGCCAAGCUGCACUCCUCGCCCCCUGUGGUGCGGCCCCGCCCCAAGAGCGCCGAACCCCCUCGCUCACCCCUCCUGAAGCGGGUGCAGUCAGCAGAGAAGCUCGGCUCCCCGCUCAGCUCGGAGAAGAAGGUGGUGGUGAGGAAGCACAGCCUGGAGGUGGUGCACUCCGAAUAUCGCAAAGACUUCUACGGCGAGCCUGGCCUCCACAGCCUGGCCGAGUCAGAUGGCGAGAGUCCUGGUGAGUCAGGGGCUCCAAAGCCGCUGGCCACCAGGCGCCUCGGCCGGCAGGAAUCCCCGCUUAGCUUUGGGCCGGGGGAUGGGGAGGUAGCUGCAGAGGUCGGCACCAAAGCAAGGGGGCCAGAAGCUCUGCUUGGAGACUGCAGGAGGAGCCAAGCGGUGCAAACCGAGGAGGCGUUUGCAGGAGCAAACCGGGCCCUGGCUAAAGCCCUCAGCCCUGUACAGGAGCACGAGCAAGGGAGGAAGGGCAGUGGGGAGGCAGAGGUGGCCCCACGGGGGCCCGUCCCCAUUGUGUUGGAGCCCAAGGAGAGCCAAGAGCACGAUCUGCGGGGCAAGCCUGCUCCAGAGCCCUCCCAGGAUAAGGCUGGGUCACCCAAGGAGAAAUGGAUCUUGGAAGUUGUGGAGGAGCACACCACGCUGGGAACUUGCGCCAAGACGCCCAGUUGCCUGUGCCCAGAAGGGACCAAGAACGGACUGAAGCGAGGCUCCUCGGAGGCAAAGGGGAAACGAGGGAAAGAAGAGGUGCCUAUGUUGGGGGCGGGAAGCAAGUGUGCAGGAGACACCCCCCGGCCCUCGCCCCUGACGCUGGAAAAAAAGGGGGCAGCACACUGAAAGAUCAGGGGGGGGGGGGUCGCCUUCCCUGCUGUACUGGCCACCAGGACUACAUCCCCAGAGCCCCUUCCUUGUUGUUGCCUUCCAAAG